CCGGAGCAGAGCAACAACGGGGACGUGGUUGGCGCGGUGCCCCCGGGCGCCCAGCCGUCCCAGACCCAGGCCGCCAGCGUGCAGCCCGGCCGCGCCAAGAGGAACUCGGUCACCUCGGACCUCUUCCAGAUGUGGCUCGGCGCCUCCCCCAUCAAGCGCGCCAAGUCGCCCAGCAGGUCCGUGGGGAUGGGCGAGCGCAUGCGCGCGCUGCAGCAGCUGGACGAGCGGGACCUGUUCAUGGAGCUGAUCCGCGACGUGGCCACCGAGCUGGACAUCGACGUGCUGUGCCACAAGAUCCUCGUCAACGUGGGCCUGCUCACGCACGCCGACCGCGGCUCGCUCUUCCUGGCGCGCGGCUCGCCCGACCAGCGCUACCUGGUGGCCAAGCUGUUCGACGUCACGGUCGAGACUGAGCUGGAGGAGGCGCUGGAGAAGGCCAGGACCGAAGAGCUGCGGAUCCCGUUCGGCACGGGCAUCGCCGGAUGGGUGGCGCAGAACAAGGAGGUCAUCAACAUCACCAACGCGUACGAGGACCCGCGGUUCAACAGCGACGUGGACAUGCGCACGGGCUACAAGACCAACCUCAUCCUGUCCAUGCCCAUCUGCAACCACGACGGCGAGGUGAUCGGGGUCGCCCAGAUCAUCAACAAGACCAACGGCUCCGACGAGUUCACGCCCAAGGAUGUGGAGGUGUUUAAUAAGUAUCUUACGUUCUGCGGCAUCGGUCUGCAGAAUGCUCAACUGUUUGAAAUGUCCGUCCAAGAGUUUCGGCGAAACCAGAUUCUCCUGAACCUCGCCCGCAGCAUCUUCGAGGAGCAGAACAACUUGGAGUGCCUCGUGACCAAGAUCAUGACCCAAGCCAGAGAACUGCUCAAGUGUGAGCGUUGCGCGGUUUUCCUGCUGGCCGUGGAGGACGGCGGCGAAGAGGGCCACUUGGAUCGCAUUUGUGAGAGGCCGGGGAAAUCUGUGGAAGAAAGAAGACCACUCUGCAGGCGGGAGAGCAACAACAUCGACAUCGAGGACAUCAUCGCUCAAAGAUCGACAGACAAGAGCAUCGUGUUCAACACGGUGUUCGAGCUGCGCGCCGCCGACGAGGACGCGCUGGUGUACCGGCCGUCGUCGCGCGACCAGAAGCAGAGCCGCCUGGCGCAGAUCGCCAAGUACGUGGCCGCCACCGGCCAGAUCCUCAACAUCGGCGACGUGUCGUCCUGGAUGAGCCAGGAGGUGCGCGAGACCGACGGCUUCUUCACGCGCUCCAUCCUGUGCAUGCCCAUCCUCAACGGGCAGAAGACGGUCAUCGGCGUGGCGCAGCUCAUCAACAAGGGCACGGGGCAGCCGUUCUCCGACUGCGACGUGACCAUCUUCGAGGCCUUCGCCAUCUUCUGCGGGCUGGGCAUCCACAACACGCAGAUGUACGAGAACGCGUGCAAGCUGAUGGCCAAGCAGAAGGUGGCGCUCGAGUGCCUGUCCUACCACGCCACGGCCUCCACCGACGACACGGACCGCCUCAGCUGCGAGGAGAUCCCCACCGCCGAGCACUACAACUUGUACAGCUUCACGUUCGUGGACUUCGAGCUGUCGGACGAGGACACGUGCCGCGCCACCAUGCGCAUGUUCCUGCAGUGCAACCUGGUCAAGCAGUUCCAGAUCCCCUACCAGGUGCUGUGCCGCUGGGUGCUGAGCGUCAAGAAGAACUACCGGCCCGUCAAGUACCACAACUGGAGGCACGCCCUGAACGUGGCGCAGACCAUGUUCGCCAUGCUCAAGACGGGCAAGAUGGAGCGCUUCAUGACGGACCUUGAGAUCCUCGGGUUGCUGGUGGCCUGCCUGUGCCACGACCUGGACCACCGAGGCACCAACAACGCCUUCCAGGCCAAGACGGAGUCCCCGCUCGCCAUCCUCUACUCCACGUCCACCAUGGAGCACCACCACUUCGACCAGUGCGUCAUGAUCCUCAACAGCGAGGGCAACAACAUCUUCCAGGCCAUGUCCACGGACGACUACCGCGCCGUCAUGCGCACCGUGGAGAACGCCAUCCUGUCCACGGACCUGGCCAUGUACUUCAAGAAGAAGGACUCGUUCAGGGAGCUGGUCGACAACGGGGAGUUCGACUGGCAGAGCGAGCCCAAGAAGGACUUGCUGUGCGGCAUGAUGAUGACGGCGUGCGACGUGUCGGCCAUCGCCAAGCCCUGGGAGGUGCAGCACAAGAUGGCCAAGCUGGUGGCCGACGAGUUCUUCGACCAGGGCGACUUGGAGCGCAUGCAGCUCAACCAGCAGCCAGUCGCCAUGAUGGACCGGGAGCGGAAAGACGAGCUGCCGCAGAUGCAGGUUGGCUUCAUCGACGUCAUCUGCUUGCCGCUGUACAAGACGCUGGCCGACACGUUCCCCUGGAUACAGCCCCUGUACGACGGCUGCUCGGCCAACCGGAGCCACUGGCAGGACCUGGCCGAGAAGGUGGAGAUGGGGCUGACCUGGAUCGACCACGACACCAUCGAGAAGCCCAUCGAGGAGUUCUCAAAGGAGUCUGACCGCGUGGAGGACAUCGAGCUGACCGUGACGACGCUGAACCGCGCCACGCACGAGGAGGGCGAGGAGGGCCCCGCGCUGCGGCCGCUCAACGGCUCGGACAGCCGCCACGGCGCGUCCUUCCGCAAGCACCGCGUGGGGCUGGCCAGGAAGUGUAUUAUCAGCAAUCAAAAUCUACCAGUUAACAUGCUGUCUGUUCCUUAA